CAAGCAUGAGUGAACUUAAAUCAAGCGGGUUCUCAGAAAAAGAGUUAAGCUCUAAUAUCUCAAUUAAUAACAAGCCAGAGAGGAUCUAUGAAGAUAUUUUUAAAAAUGACUUCACAAGUGGAAAAGUUCUAAGAGAAAAAUUUAAAAAUAAGUAUAUCAAAGAUCUUAAUCAGCAAUUGGAGGAAAAGAAAAUACAAAAACAAAGGGAAAAUUUAAUGGACCAAAGAGAAAAAGUACUGAACCAGAAAUAUAUAACAGAUCUCAAAGUAAAAUGCAACAUUGAUCCUAAUCCGAUCUUGAGCACUAGUCAUCUCAAAAUUAAAUUUGAUAGAAAUGUAUUAUACUCCCUAAUCUUUUAGAACAGCCAUGAAAGGAUGAAUCUCGAUAAUCGUCCUCAUAAUGCUCAUAAAAGCUCUCUUGAUGGCUACUAUAAUGACCAAGAUUUGAUGCUACCAAAGUACACAUGAAAAUAAUAUUUAUAGUCGAUCUAAGUCGAACAUCAAACUGAAACAUCUAGACAUUAUUUCUCCCUCUAUCUCAGUAGACAGAAAGGAUAACAAUAUUAGCAGGAUAGUUCGGCCUCAAAGGAAACUCAUCAUGAACACCGGAAAUAAUGUCAUGAGAAGUGUGGGCCUGAAACAAGGCCAAAUAAAUAGGACUUAUGAUAAUGAUUCUCUGCUAAAUUAUCACACUAUUCAUCGAAGAAAGAACAAGCUGACUUUGGAUAGCUUUGGCAGACUAGGAUUCAAAGAUAAUACCAAGAACGAUCCUAAUUUUAACGUUCAUCAUGAGUAUAAUUUGAGGAAGUUACCCGUCCGUAAGAACUUAAACAGCUCUGCAGAUAAUAUUCGGAUCCCUGAUUUUAAGCCAAAGGAAGCAACAUCUAGAACCCAAAUUCAUGUCUCUAACAAAGCUAGCAGCAUUGAGGACCAGAUAAAGCAGAAACCACAAGUAGACAAUAUUACUCGGCUUGUGUUCGGCAAAAAGCAAUAGUCCAAUAAAAA